UCUCGUGGUUCCUAGGAUGUUCUUUUACCUGAGCAAGAAAAUUGCCAUUCCCAAUAACGUGAAGCUGAAAUGUAUAGCUUGGAACAAGGACCAGGGAUUCAUUGCAUGUGGUGGUGAAGAUGGAUUACUAAAAGUUUUGAAAUUAGAGUCACUGACAGAGGAUGCAAAAUUGAGAGGUCUUGCAGCCCCGAGUAAUCUUUCUAUGAAUCAGAACCUUGAUGGACACAGUGGUUCUGUUCAAGUUGUAACAUGGAAUGAACAAUAUCAGAAGUUGACCACCAGCGAUCAGAAUGGGCUUAUCAUUGUGUGGAUGUUAUAUAAAGGAUCUUGGUAUGAGGAAAUGAUCAAUAAUAGAAAUAAAUCAGUAGUUCGAAGUAUGAGCUGGAAUGCUGAUGGACAGAAGAUCUGCAUUGUAUAUGAAGAUGGGGCUGUGAUUGUUGGCUCAGUGGAUGGGAAUCGUAUUUGGGGAAAAGAUCUAAAGGGCAUACAGCUAUGCCAUGUAGCAUGGUCAUCUGACAGUAAAGUCCUAUUGUUUGGAAUGGCAAAUGGAGAAAUACAUGUUUAUGAUAAUCAAGGAAAUUUUAUGAUAAAAAUGAAAUUGAACUGUUUGGUGAAUGUCACUGGAGCAAUCAGUAUUGCUGGAAUUCAUUGGUACCAUGGCACAGAAGGCUAUGUGGAGCCAGACUGUCCUUGCCUUGCUAUUUGUUUUGAUAAUGGGAGAUGCCAGAUAAUGAGACAUGAAAAUGACCAAAAUCCUGUAUUAAUUGAUACUAGCAUGUACGUAGUAAGUAUUCAGUGGAACCACAUUGGCAGCGUCUUAGCUGUGGCAGGAUCCCAGAAGGCAGUCACGCAGGAUAAAGAUAAAAACAUUGUACAAUUUUAUACUCCAUUUGGUGAGCAUCUUGGUACUUUGAAAGUUCCCGGAAAGAUAUCUGCUCUAUCGUGGGAAGGAGGUGGACUGAAAAUUGCGGUAGCUGUUGAGUCUUUUAUAUAUUUUGCAAAUAUUCGACCUGAUUAUAAGUGGGGCUAUUGCUCAAAUACUGUAGUUUAUGCAUAUACUAGACCUGAUCGUCCUGAGUACUGUGUUGUCUUCUGGGAUACAAAAAACAAUGAGAAAUAUAUUAAAUAUGUGAAGAGUCUCAUUUCUAUUACUACCUGUGGAGAUUUCUGUAUUCUGGCUACUAAAGCUGAUGAAACUAAUCCUCAGGAGGAGACUGACAUGGAAACAUUCGGUGCAACGUUUGUGCUUGUGCUUUGCAAUUCUAUCGGCACACCUUUGGAUCCCAAAUACAUUGAUAUUGUGCCAUUAUUUGUUGCGAUGACCAAAACUCAUGUGAUAGCAGCUUCAAAAGAAGCAUUUUAUAUCUGGCAAUAUCGUGUGGCAAAGAAACUAACAGCAUUGGAAAUCAAUCAGAUCAUGCGAUCACGAAAAGAAGGGAGAGAAAGAAUUUAUCAUGUUGAUGAUACUCCUUCUGGAUCACUGGAUGGAGUGCUUGAUUACAGUAAAGCCAUUCAAGGAACACGGGAUCCAAUUUGUGCCAUAACUGCAUCUGAUAAGACAUUGAUUGUGGGUCGUGAAUCUGGCACUAUUCAGAGAUACAGUCUUCCUAAUGUUGGUUUGAUUCAAAAGUAUUCCCUCAGCUGUCGAGCCUACCAACUGUCCCUGAAUUGCAACUCCAGUCGGCUUGCUAUCAUAGACAUUUCAGGAGUUCUGACUUUCUUUGAUUUGGAUGCUCGGAUAACAGACAGUACGGGACAACAAAUAAUUGGCGAGUCAUUAAAAUUUGAGCGCAAAGAUGUCUGGGAUAUGAAAUGGGCCAAAGAUAACCCUGAUUUGUUUGCAAUGAUGGAGAAAACAAGAAUGUAUGUUUUCAGAAACUUGGAUCCUGAGGAACCCAUUCAGACUUCUGGAUAUAUUUGUAACUUUGAAGAUUUAGAAAUUAAAUCUGUUCUUUUGGAUGAGAUAUUACAGAACCCUGAACAUCCAAACAAAGAUUGCAUAAUUAACUUUGAAAUUCGGUCCCUGCGAGACAGCCGGGCAUUGAUUGAGAAAGUUGGAAUCGAAGAUGCAUCUCAGUUUAUAGAGGACAAUCCACACCCGCGACUUUGGCGCCUCUUAGCUGAAGCAGCUCUUCAGAAACUGGACUUAAAAACUGCAGAGCAAGCAUUUGUUCGCUGCAAGGACUAUCAAGGCAUUAAGUUUGUGAAGUGUCUGGGCAAUCUACAGAGUGAGUCAAUGAAGCAGGCUGAAGUUGCUGCCUACUUUGGCAGGUUUGAAGAAGCUGAAAGAAUGUAUCUUGAUAUGGACAGAAGGGAUCUUGCUAUCGGUCUUCGACUGAAAUUGGGAGAUUGGUUUAGAGUGCUCCAACUCCUGAAAACUGGAUCUGGUGAUGCAGAUGACAGUCUCCUUGAGCAAGCCCACAAUGCUGUUGGAGAUUACUUUGCUGAUCGGCAAAAGUGGUUGAAUGCAGUUCAAUAUUAUGUACAAGGCCAAAACCAACAACGUUUAGCUGAAUGUUAUUAUAUGUUAGAAGAUUAUGAGGGACUAGAGAAUCUUGCUAAUUCACUUCCAGAGAACAAUAAAUUACUGCCAGAAAUAGCUCAAAUGUUUGUGAGAGUUGGAAUGUGUGAACAAGCUGUGGCAGCAUUUUUGAAAUAUAAUCAGCCAAAGGCAGCAGUGGAUACCUGUGUACAUCUCAACCAAUGGAACAAAGCUGUUGAAUUAGCUAAAAGUCAUAGUAUGAAAGAAAUUGGAUCCCUGCUGGCUAGGUAUGCAUCUCAUUUAUUGGAAAAGAAUAAAACUCUGGAUGCCGUAGAACUCUAUCGGAAAGCGAAUUACUUUCUUGAUGCUGCUAAACUGAUGUUUAAGAUUGCAGAGGAAGAAGCAAAGAAAAGAACAAAACCUUUGCGUGUUAAAAAGCUCUAUGUACUGUCAGCUUUACUUGUAGAAGAGUACCGUGAACAAAUGAAAAAUGCUCAACGAGGAAAAGUUAAAGGAAAGAGCUCAGAGACCACUUCUGCUUUGGCUGGUUUGCUGGAAGAGGAGGUGCAGUCUACAACUGAUCGUUUCACAGACAAUGCUUGGAGAGGAGCAGAGGCUUACCACUUCUUUAUCCUGGCACAGAGGCAGCUCUAUGAGGGAUAUGUUGACACUGCAUUGAAAACAGCUCUUCACUUGAGAGACUAUGAAGAUAUUAUUCCUGCUGUUGAGAUCUACUCUUUGUUAGCACUCUGUGCCUGUGCCAGUAGAGCUUUUGGUACCUGUUCAAAAGCUUUUAUUAAACUGGAAUCUUUAGACACCCUCACUCCAGAGCAGAAACAGCAAUAUGAAGAUCUUGCCCUAGAAAUCUUCACAAAACAUACUCCAAAAGAUAACAGAAAAUCGGAAUUGGACAACCUUCUUGAAGGUGGGGAAGGAAAACUGCCAACAUGUAUUGCCACCGGAAGCCCAAUCACUGAGUAUCAGUUCUGGAUGUGCCCUGUGUGUAAGCACUGCGCUCUGACUCAGGAAAUAAGUAACUAUAGCUUUUGUCCCUUAUGCCAUAAUUCAACCCAGUAAAGAAAUAGAAAAUGGCAUAAAGUAUAAAAUGCGUGUAGUAUAUAUACAUAGAUA